AUGUGUCACAAGGGCGGUCGGCAAACGUUGACUAUUUUCGCGCGUGGACAACGUAAAGCUACCUGCGGUCUACUUGCGUCGUCUCUUGAUCAGGCUGUCCGCCGACCCUCGAUGUUCGCACUUGUCGCUCCAACCAUACUCGGGAUCUGGCUUGAUCCAUCUAACCACAAUAGCAACUUCGUUCAUCUCGGAUCCUGCGGCGUAGAUUUAUUACACAAUCUUCGGGCUCGUGGCCAUGGCAUCCGGGAUCUCUUGCUCGCUGAACUCCCCCAUAGGGACGGUGGUUCGGAUGACAGUUCGUAA